AUGAAGAUGGAUGGAAUUAUAUCUCUGCUCCUUGUUUGUAUGAUCAUACUGCUAACGGCAGAGUUGGAAGUCGUAAGAGUGGCAAGUUUUCUUCGUCUUCGGUUUUUUCUUUGUUCACUAUUAAAGAAAAGAGUAGGUUUUGGAGUGAGGCUGUUAUACGUGGAGAUUUGGAUGAUUUUGAAACCAGGAGCCCUUAUGAAAUGGGUGUUUACAACUACACCAAGUUCACCAUAUGUCUUCAUCCCUUUUGGAGGUAACAUUGCAAAUUACCUAAACCUUAUGGAAGUCGAUUCUAUGUACCUUCCGGUUCCUGUCAAUUUCAUUUUCAUAGGAUUUGAAGGAAAGGGGAACCAAGAGUUCAAGCUUCAUCCAGAAGAACUUGAGGGAUGGUUUACCAAAAUAGAUCACAUCCUUGCACAUACACUAGUUCCGCAAAAUGGAGAACUUAUCAACCCAUUUAACAAAAUUAGCAUAGAUAAAAUGCAACAUCACCAUCUUCCCAGCAUCAGUCAUAUUUAUUACAAUUUCUCUGUCCAUGCCAUACAAAUGGGUGAAAAGGUGACUUCUGUCUUUGGACGUGCUAUCAAUGUUUUAGCCCACAAAGAUGAUGUAUCUGAUGACAGGGAUGGCACUGAUUCGCUUUGGCAAGUGGAUGUGGACAUGAUGGAUGUUCUUUUCACUAGCCUUGUUGAAUACCUUCAGCUUGAAGAUGCAUAUAACAUCUUCGUUUUGAAUCCUUGAUGUGAUUAAAGAAGAGCCAAAUAUGGAUACUGGACCAGAGUUCGGGGAAGAGGAUUGGAUUUGCUACGGAAAAGGAUGGACUAUAUUAUCUUGAGACAUCAAACAACACAAGAUUGGAUAUGGUUUAUGGGAUGCAACCCUUUCUUUAUUACUUCUCCAGGUUGGCAUAUAUCAAAAUUUCAAUCAAAUGCGAUUGCUCAGAGUUACAUCAUCACAACUCUUGAGGAGUCAAUAAAAUAGGUCAAUUCAGCCAUGCGCCUUCUACUAUGGGAGCAUACAAAUAUCCUUUUCUUGUGGCAAAUAAAUAAUUGAGAACCACAGCAUGCUUGCGCCCACACACGACUAAUAAGGUGCUUACACACAAAAUUAUGCAAGGAAGGUGGCCUUUUCAUAAUCCGCUAGUCAUAUUAUAGACUUGGGAUUUAGUGAAUAACCAUUGUUGUGGGUUUGAUACCUCUUAUUUAUCAUUUUUGUACUGUAUAUUUGGGUAUGACUGUUCCCACGAGAAAAUGUUCCUGCAGUUUGACUGGUUUUUAAGUCAACAAAUUCUGAUGCUCAAACCUUGCUAUGGUUGAUUGUGUUCAUCUUUUGAAUCUAGAACUGCUUUUAGAUUAUAUUUAGUCUUGAUGGAGUUUCUACAAAGGGAGACUUAACAAAUAGCAGCUGAGAAAACCUUUAAAUACUUUCAAUCUCAGGAGCGUGAGCUAGUGAACAAGUAUAAUUAUGUUGUCAGCUUAUGGAGAAGAAUUUCAAUUAUUUCUGGAGAAUUGAAAUUAUUUAGAUGCCAUGAGACUGCUAUAUACCUUAGAAGAAGCAUCCAAAGGGUUUGUUGAUCAAGUGAAUACAACCAUAUCCCUUCUUCGCCCAAUUCAUUGCAGAAAAGAGACUGAGCUGAUGUCAUGGUUGAUAAGUAGCAGCGGUGAUUGGUUCAAAGCUUCUUGUAGAUGUCUCAUGAAGGACUAAAAUUUCCCCCCAUAGUCAUAGAGGCUUGUCAUACACCAGUUACCAUUCACCACAACAAAGUUGUAUUAGAAAUGAUAGUUUAUUAGAGAUUAGAAAUGAGAAAGUGGCCAAAUGAUAACACCAAAAAUAUCAGAGAUCUAGAAUAUUGAUUUGAAAAUUGUCAUUUAUAACAUGCCCAAAGAGAUUACCAAAUAUAGCAGCUUCAUGUGUAAGUAAAUUGUACUAAUUGUCAUUGCUGAUGUUUCAAAAUAGAAAAAUUUCGGAGCAUUUACUGUAGGCCUUGAGGAUGAAUCCUGUGUAUCUUGCAUUUACUAAGGCAAAUUGACAUGGAUGCAAGUUGAAAGGUCAAUAGUGUCUCAAGUGGUGGUAUGUAUUUCAGCUGCUUCCGCCUGUGGGGAAUGAGAUAGUGAAUGAAGUAAUGAAGUGAUUUCCUCAUGUUGAGGCAGUGACAGCAACCUUUGGGAAAUCAAGGAUUUUUUAACUGGUCUUUGAAACUGUUCUUUAGUUCAUCAGAAACUAAUGCGUAAUCUAGUGUAAGUGAAACCAAAGCCUGAGCAUUCAUUGCAGUUUCAUGUUUCCUUAUCAACUAUUCCAUGGUUCUUCUUUUAUUUAUAGAAAGUUUUCUUUAUGGCC